AUGGAAAGCAAAACGAUGGCAAUGUUGAUGGUUAUAGUGAUGAUAAUGGCAAGCCUUCUGGAUAAGACAAAUGCUCAACCUAGUCAUUUUAGUGUUUGUUACUCAGAUUGUCUUGUGGUGUGUAAAUCUCAUACUACAUUUCCAAAAUCUGGUUUGUGUCCAUUCACAUGUCUCAUGACAUGUCUUGUUCCUACUUUGCCAUCUCCUUCUCCUUCUCCUUCUCCUUCUCCUUCUUUUUCUUCUGAUACUGUUCUAACAAAAAAAAUCGAUAAUACUGAAUACUUCUGCAAACUCGGUUGUGCUACUCAUCAUUGUGUGCCUCUUUCUUCUUUCCAAAAUCCGAAUGUGAAGAACGUUGCGAACUGUGUGGAUUCAUGUUCAGACAAGUGCUCUUAGGAGAAGUGAAGCGAAAUCAAUUAUUAUCAUUUUUAAUGAUGACGAGUUAUUCAUUUUUAUUUAUGCUAUA